UGUUGUUGUUGUUGCUUCAUUGUCGAAAAGUGGUUUGAAAUUGGUUCAUGUGCAAGAUCUGAUUUAGGCUGUUAUUUUUUGCAGGCCAGAAAAGCACUUAGAGCUCUUAAAGGACUCGUGAAAUUUCAGGCUCUGGUAAGAGGUUUCCUAGUCCGAAAAAGAGCUGCUGCAGCUCGUCACAGCAUGCAGGCGCUCAUCAGAGCGCAGCCUGCUGUUUGAUCUCAAAGAGCUCUUCGUUCAAUGUCUAAUGACACUAGACACCAACCCGAGAUGCGAGCUAGGAGGUCCCGUAGUGUGUGUUUGCCGACAGUGUCAGCUGUGGUAACUGAGAAGUCCUACGUAGUGAAUUCAGAUGCUCAGCCAUCUAGCAGGGGUGAUGCACAUCACCAGCAAAACAAUCAGAAUCUGAAACCAAAACCAGAUGAAACUAAACAAUCAGAGUUUAAAUGUGAAGUGCAAAAUGCGCCGGACAUAGAGAAACUUCAGUCUGAUCUAGCCGCAGCAGUUAGAGGUAACGACAUUCUCAAAUGUGAAGUGCAAAAUGCGCUGGACAUUCUUUCUUGUGCCAAAGACAAGUUGAAAGAUCUCGAGCUUCAGGUAAGAAGGCAAUAUUAAGAUCUCACUGCAACGGAAUCGUUUUUAUUUUCAACUUUGGAUGCCUCGUCCUCACAUAUGAUAGCCU